AAUGACCAUUCAGGGAUUGCUCUGCAGUGUGAAGUUUGCACAGACCUAGGCGAAAACUGUACUGGUGAAAUGGAGACUUGCCCUCCUGAAGAUGACUUUUGUGGUAUCACUAUGUUUGAAAGUAAACUGGAAGAAUUAACAGUUCAUGGCAUUGCUAAGAACUGUCUUCCAGCCAGUGUCUGUGAAUCUGGUUCUGCUGAUAUUAACUUGGGUAAAAAAGGAAGAUCAAGGACAAGCGUUUUCUGCUGUAAAGAUGAUGCCUGCAAUAGAGUCUCUUCUGCCAAAUUGCCACUAUUAAAUACAAAACUCAAUGGCCUGCGAUGUCCAGCCUGCUAUGCUUCGCUUUCUGAAUCAUGCAGUGAUGACACCGUUGAUUGUGUUGGACCUGAAACUCAAUGCAUUGAUUUGGCUGGAUACAUAUAUUUUGGUGAAGCAUCUGAGAAGAUUGCCAUGAAGGGCUGUGCUACCCAGUCUGUCUGCACUGCUAGCGUGGGAGGUGCUGCGACAUUUACGGGAGCCAGUUCAGCAAUAACAAAGCUUGAAUGCAAAGCAGCUACCAGCAUGGCCAACAAAUCUCCUGGAUCAAAUGGACUCUUCCUUUCAGUCAUUGUUUGGCUCCUGCUAGCUAAGCUCUGAUCCUAGGCUUGUCUAAAGUUUGACUCUCUCUUGGCAUAACUGGACAAAUGGAAUGACCGAUUCAGACAUGUUGUGCAUGCAUUCAAGUAUCUGUACUCAUGCACAUGUUUUUGUGUGAAUGAUUGUACAUGUGUUCGCUUCAAAAGUGAGCCUGGGUGAAGGUCCCUCAAAUGCAUAGUAUAGAUAUGAGGUAUACUGCUGCACAUGCAUUGAACAUAACAGAUAAUAACUGUACAUGUGUUCAGUUCCAUACAUGUGUAUACUGUACACAGACUGAAUGUGCAUUGAACAUAACAUCUGAAGGGGGCUAUGCUGUAGUUAUUUUUGUGCACUGGGAGAGAAACAUGAUCAGUAUGGCUGGGGCAGGACUUAUGCAUGAAUUAAGAAAAUAUUUUGGUUAAGCACCCAUUUUAUUUAUAGUGUGGGCAAAACUACAAUGAUCGCAGUAUGAGAUAUCAUGGUCAUAACAACUGAUAAUGUAUUGCCACUAAUGGCCUCAGUAAAAGAAUCCACUGACCGUUUUUGUAAAGUUGUGCGGAGUUGCAUGAUACAUUAAUUAUCUUUUUGUGUGUGUGUAUCCUUUGUAUCUGUAUGCCUAUUUACUGGGAAAGAGAGGUGCCAGAAGACAAGGCUGCCUACCCCUGCUAACUUGGCAAAGAGGCACCUUUUAAAGUGGUGAUUCUCUUUAUUUAGCAGGGGGAGAGUAACUGGCCCUAUCCACCCCCAGUACAGUACCUCCAGUGACUGUUGCUGGUGCCUAUCUGAUGUUUCUUUUUAGUCUGUGAGACCUUUGGGGACAGAGACCCAUCUGAUUUAUGUAUUAUUUCUCUGUAUAAAUCACCCUGAGCCAUUUUUGGAAGGGCGGUAUAGAAAUUGAACGAAUGAAUGAAUGAAUGAAUGAAUAAUAAAAUUCACAUUUUAUGACAUGGAUGUCUCAUGAUCUGAGAUAGGCAGAGACUGGUUGUGUAUACUCAGUGCUGGUGAUAAUUUUAAAUUUUAAAUGCCAGAGCUCUGACCUGAAAAGCAGGUGCAGCUAACUAUGUGUAGAGUGCCUUCACCUUCAUGAUGAGGGCCAAUUCAUACUACCCUUUCAAUCUGUGGCAACCAGCUCUGGAUGUUGGUCAGAAUGUGUUGCCACCGGCUGACCUGGUCAUGUGCACCAAACACUGAAGCCAAAGUGUUGCUUCCCUUAUAUCAGCCUUCGUCUGCUUCUUUUUAAAGAGAAAUAUGUCCCAUAUGCAGGGGCGUAGCAAGGUUGAAGUGGGCUCAGAGACAAGAUUUUAAAAUGCCCCCCCCUCACUGAAGCUCAGCUCAUGAAGUAAAGAAAUCUUAAAUGAGGAUGAAUAGUGCAAACAAAAAGCAUUGUAAAUGGUGGACGAUGCAAGUCAUUUAAUGGCACUAGAGAAAGACAUGCUGUUCUGGUAGCUCCAGGUCUUAACACUCACAUCAAUUUCAGAGGAUGAUACAACUGAAGGAAGCCCGGGCGGGUGUGUGGCUGGGGGAGUCAGUCAAGUGACCUCCCAAGGCAGUGGGCCCUCAGACAACUGUCUCCCCUUGCCCUAUUAUAGUUAUGCCCCUGCCCAUAUGAUUGACAUAAAACUAGCGUUAGAAACUGAUAAAAGGUUUUAUUGAAUAAGAAUUGGGCUUUGACUUUUUAAAAAAGCUGAUUUAUUAAAUAUAAUAAAACCAAUUAUAGAAGCAAAAGACGGGAUAGUUUUGUAUUUCUUUAAGCUUUGGAAGGUUCUAUUCCUUCUAUUUUAAGCCUCUUGUUGA